UCUAGUUGGCUUGGCGCUUGACAACUUCUCUCUGGACACACACACACUCCCGCACACACGCUCACACGCACACACAGUAUUCGCGCGCGUGCUUUACGGUUUUUGAAGUUCAUUCAAAUUUAUCAAAUUCUCGACAAUAAGUGUGUGUUAAUUCAUACUUUUUUUUAUGUACUCGUAUUCAUAUUGUGCUAACAUUGUGUUGAAAUAUACUCAUGUGCUUCUUGGGAGUCCAAAUGUCUGAGCACAGUGCCAAAACUCAGACAAAUCAUUUGAAAAACUUUUGAAAACCCAAAAAAAAAAAAAAAAUAAAAGGAAAUUAAAAAGUAAAACGCAUUAGAAUCUACAAAAUCAAAUGCGAAUUAUCCCAAAACAGCAUCUGUAUCGUAAUUAUCUGGUCCUAAUCAAUCGCAAUGAUAAAAUGCUGAUCGUGGUUCUGUUCAUAGUGGCGCUUAUCGAAGCGAUUGGCGCCUUUCCACCGGAGUUUGUGGAAAGCAUUUCCAAUGUGUCCGUUGCUGUGGGUCGCGAUGCAACCUUCACCUGCCACGUGCGUCGCUUGGGUGGUUAUCGCGUGGGCUGGCUUAAAGCGGAUACAAAAGCGAUACAGGCAAUACACGAGAACGUGAUUACACACAAUCCACGUGUCACAGUCAGCCAUUUGGAUCAGAACACAUGGAAUUUGCACAUCAAGGCCGUUUCCGAGGAGGAUCGGGGCGGAUAUAUGUGCCAGCUGAAUACGGAUCCAAUGAAGAGUCAGAUUGGUUUCCUAGAUGUUGUUAUACCACCGGAUUUUAUAAGCGAGGAUACUUCGUCCGAUGUAAUUGUGCCCGAGGGCAGUUCAGUGCGUUUAACAUGUCGUGCACGUGGCUAUCCGGAACCCAUUGUCACCUGGCGGCGUGAGGAUGGCAGUGAAAUCGUCCUGAAGGACACUCAGGGCACCAAGUCACUGGUCUCCUCCUACCGUGGCGAAGUGUUGAAGCUGACAAAAAUCUCACGCAAUGAGAUGGGCUCGUAUCUGUGCAUCGCCUCCAAUGGAGUGCCCCCAUCGGUUUCAAAGCGCAUCUCGCUUAGCAUACACUUUCACCCUGUCAUCCAAGUGCCGAAUCAAUUAGUCGGAGCACCGCUUGGCACUGAUGUUCAAAUCGAGUGUCACGUUGAGGCCUCGCCCAAAUCAAUUAACUACUGGAUUAAGGAUACCGGUGAAAUGAUUGUCUCCUCGAACAAAUAUCAUGUGCUGGAUAAUUCGCAGUCGGUGUACGAGACGAAAAUGACGAUGAUUGUGCGAAAAUUUCAAAAAGACGAUGUCGGCUCCUAUCGCUGUAUAGCGAAAAACUCACUGGGUGAAGUUGACAGCAGUAUCCGGUUGUACGAAAUCCCCGGACCAAAUCGUAAAAAUCCCUCAAAUAGUAAAGGAAGUGGUGGCGGUGGCGGUGGCGGUGGCAAUGGUGCCGGCAAUGGCGGCAACACCGCCGACACGGAUGCCAAUGACAUUUUAAAACUGAAACAACAAGUCAAAGUUACCUACCAGCCGGACGAUGAGGAGCUCUACGGUUCAGCGGAGGAUUUCGAGGAUGGCGAAUUCGCCGGAUUGCCGCCGUUAUCGCCGCACCAUUAUUACACCAGCGGCAAUAAGCCGCCAACACAUAAGCCCAACGGUGGCCAUCAGCACCAGCAUCAGCACCACCAUCAUCCGCAGCAAACUCAAACGGGUGGUGCUGCUGGUGGACAGGGUGGUGCUGGUGCGGGUGCGGGUGUUGGCACUGCUGGUGGUUCCAACAACAACAUUGAGUUGGCUUUUGGCAAUACACGUAAGCCGACCUAUUACGGCGGCAGCGGUGUUGCCGGUGGCGUCAACGGUGCCGCAGGUCCUGGCAAUACGGAAGUCCGCGGCCCCAUGGACAACAACGACCUGGGCUCCGGUGGUGCGACACCACAUCAACACUAUCGCCAAUGGUUGUGGCUCUCGCUCCCACUCUCACUGUCACUUACACUCUCGCCCUGUCGACAGGCGGUCAUUAUGGGUUUGUCCGGCUUAGUUGCGAUACUCGGUCUGUUAUAAUACAUGCUGACAGCAGGCACACACACCAUACACACACACACACACCCAUAAAGUAGAUGCAAAUGUUAAUUUUUUUUUUUUUUUUUUAACAAAUUACACACAAUGACGUGCAACACAUGGCAUUGCUCAGGUUUGUGGCAUGCCGCAGAAGACGCCGACUUAAAGUAAGUGCAUAAUCGUAUCUACAUAUACAAAUCUAUAUAUGUAGCAUAUAUUUAAAUACAAUAACAAUGCAAAAAGAUACGUUUAUGCUGCUUUUUUCAGUUCUUAUAAAUGACACCAGCUGCUUGAGGCAGUUAAGCAGCGGAUUAAUCCGAAAUAUUUCUAUGCGAAAUCUUUCAUUCUUCUUUAAGAUUAAUCCCUUAUUCAACUGUCACUUUCAGCCGCUGUCAUUGUUGAUUUUGGAUUGUACCAAUAUUCAAGUUCUUUAACUAUAUUUAAGCUCAUAUGAUUAAUAUACUUAUAUAAAAUAUAUAUGUAUAUGAUUGC